AUGCAAGGUAGUGGUGUGACCCCGUCCCAGGAUGGGGAGACCACCACAUUGGCUGAGGACUACCUGGGCUUCGAAACGUCAAUGGGUGGGUGCUACCGGCAUAGUACCUUACGGAGUCCUAUUGACAGUAUCAAAGCCCGGGUAGCCCUGUUCCCCUGUUCCAAACUCCCCACCACUGCUGUUCUCCCACCGUCCCCACCCCUGUUCCUCCCUGUUCCUGUUCCCAGUCCACCCCUGUUCCUGUUCACCUCAGUCUCACCCCUGUUCAGUUCUCGUUCCCUGUUCCCAGCCCACCCCGUUCCCCAGCCCCACCCAGCCUCAGUCCUCACCCCCACCCCCCACCCUCACCAGCCUCCCCAGCUCAGCCUUCCCCAGCCUCAGCCCACUCCCACGUGCCACUCCCCACCCCCAGCCCCACCCCCCACCCCACCUCAGCCCCCAGCCCCCACCCUGUUCCACCAUCCCCAGCCCCAGCCCUGUCUGUUCCUGUUCACCACCUGUUCCUCAGCUCACCCCACCUGUUCCACUCCCCAGCCCACCCACCCCACCCCCACUCCAGCCCCACCACCCCCUGUUCCACUCCCCACCCCAGCUCCCCCCGCUCAGCCCCACCUUCUGUCCGUUCCUAGUCCGUUCGCUUCAGCCCCUUCGUCCCUUCCCUCACCCCGCCUGCCCCAGCUGCCCCAGCUCAGCCCCAGCCUCACCGUCAGCUCCUGCUGCCCCACUCAGCCUCACUCCAGCCCCUGUUCAGCCCCUCAGCACGCAACCGAACCAGCCACUUGA